AUGGAGGUAGAGCAAGGGAAGACAUACCUCAUGAGAAUCAUCAACGCUGCACUCAACGACGAGCUUUUCUUUGCCAUUGCGGGUCACAACAUGACAGUAGUGGAGGUUGAUGCUGUACUUCAUGGCAGCAAGGGCUUCUAUGUUCAGCCUACUGUCUUCUCAAAUGUUCAGGAUGACAUGCUGAUUGCAAAGGAAGAGAUAUUUGGUCCAGUACAAUCCAUAUUGAAAUUCAAGAACACUGAAGAGGUAAUUCAAAGAGCAAAUAAUUCAAACUAUGGUCUUGCAGCAGGGAUCUUCACAGAAAACUUAAACACUGCUAAUACUUUGACAAGAGCACUGAAAGUUGGAACAGUUUGGGUAAACUGCUUUAAUACAUAUGAUGCUGCAAUUCCUUUUGGUGGAUAUAAGAUGAGUGGACAAGGCAGGGAAAAAGGAGAAUACAGUAUUAAGAACUACUUGAAUGUGAAAGCUGUUGUUACUCCCUUGAAGAAUCCAGUAUGGCUUUGAGCAUAUGAAAUAGAA